AUGACUUCCGGCCAGCCACCGGCAUCUGUGACGGAUGCCGUCCUGGUCAAAUCGGUCGAGAUGCCCGAGGGCUCGCAGAAGGUUGAGGAACUCGACUUCAACAAGUUCAAGGGCAGACCCAUCACCGUGGAUGAUCUCCUCCAGGGUAUGAAGCACAUGGGCUUCCAGGCCUCAUCAAUGGGUGAGGCCAUCCGCAUCAUCAACGAAAUGCGGGCAUGGAAAGACCCUGAAACCGGCGAGGGGACCACCAUCUUCCUAGGUUACACCUCGAACAUGAUCUCCUCCGGCCUGAGGGGCGUCUUCCGGUAUCUCGUCGAGCACAAGCAUGUCUCUGCAGUGGUCACAACCGCGGGUGGCAUCGAGGAGGACUUUAUCAAGUGCCUCGGUGACACUUACAUCUCAUCAUUUAGUGCGGUGGGCUCAGAAUUACGCGCCAAGGGCUUGAAUCGCAUUGGAAACCUCGUGGUGCCAAAUUCCAAUUACUGUGCCUUCGAAGACUGGGUAGUCCCCAUCCUCGACAAGAUGCUCGAGGAGCAGGAGGCUAGCAAAGGGACAGAUGAUGAAAUCCACUGGACGCCCUCAAAAAUCAUCCACCGUCUAGGAAAGGAGAUCAACGACGAGCGCUCAGUGUACUAUUGGGCAUACAAGAACAACAUCCCCGUCUUCUGCCCCGCACUGACCGAUGGCAGUCUUGGGGACAUGCUCUACUUCCAUACCUUCAAAGCAUCCCCGAAUCAACUCAGGGUGGAUAUCGUCGAGGACAUCCGGCGAAUCAACACCAUCUCGGUUAGGGCGAAGCGAGCGGGUAUGAUCAUCCUCGGUGGUGGUGUUGUGAAGCAUCAUAUCGCAAAUGCUUGCUUGAUGCGCAAUGGAGCCGAAUCUGCCGUCUAUAUCAACACCGCACAAGAGUUUGACGGAAGUGACGCUGGCGCUAGGCCCGAUGAAGCCGUUUCUUGGGGAAAGAUCAAGGUCGGGGCUGACAGCGUGAAGUACGAGAUACAUAGUUAA